GGUCCAUAAAAUAUUUUAGUUAAAAUUCCGUAUCAAUUUUCGACCGCGAAGAACUUCCUGAAGAACUGAGUGCAUGCACACGGUAAAAUGUCGCAAAAAAAGCCCGCCGCUGAUGACCCUGAACAGGGUGAGCCCACCUAUAACAUCUCAUUGGGCGAGGAGUAUAUGCUAAAUGAGAUUGAAAAGAAUUUCAUAUUAGCUGCUGAACGUGGUGACAUACAGGGUGUGAAGAAAAUUAUCGAAGACAACAAGGAUCAACCGGAUAAAUUUAAUUUAAAUUGUGUCGAUCCGCUCAAUCGGUCUGCACUCAUUUCCGCCAUUGAGAAUGAAAAUUUCGAUUUAAUCGUUGUGCUGCUGGAGUGUGGCAUCGAAGUGGGCGAUGCGCUGUUGCAUGCCAUAUCGGAAGAGUAUGUUGAAGCGGUGGAAGAAUUACUGCAAUGGGAAGAGACGCAUCACAAAGAGGGGCAACCCUAUAGCUGGGAAGCUGUUGACCGUUCUAAGUCGACAUUUACACCGGAUAUCACGCCACUAAUAUUGGCAGCGCAUCGCAACAAUUACGAAAUACUCAAAAUCCUAUUGGAUCGUGGUGCUACGUUGCCCAUGCCGCAUGACGUAAAAUGCGGUUGCGAUGAAUGUGUCAGCUCACAAGAAACCGAUUCACUGCGACAUUCACAAUCGCGUAUCAACGCUUACCGUGCACUUUCCGCCAGCUCCUUAAUAGCGCUUAGCUCGCGCGAUCCCGUCUUGACGGCCUUUGAACUCUCGUGGGAAUUAAAGCGCCUACAAGCGAUGGAAUCUGAAUUUAGAGCGGAAUAUACGGAAAUGCGUGUGGGUGUGCAAGAAUUUGUCUCAUCUCUAUUGGAUCACGCGCGCACUUCAACCGAACUGGAGGUAAUGCUGAACUUCAAUCACGAGCCCACAACUGAUAUUUGGAUGCCGGGACAGCGGCAAACUUUGGAGCGUCUCAAAUUGGCCAUACGCUACAAGCAGAAAGCGUUUGUGGCGCAUCCGAAUGUGCAACAACUGCUGGCGGCCAUUUGGUAUGAGGGACUGCCCGGUUUUAGGCGCAAACAAGCCUCACAGCAGAUCAUAGAAGUGGUGAAGCUCGGCUGCAUGUUUCCCAUUAACAGUAUGAACUAUUUGCUAGCGCCAGACUCUGAUGCGGGCAAAUUCAUGAGAAAGCCAUUUGUGAAAUUCAUAUCACACUCCUGCUCGUAUAUGUUCUUUUUGAUGCUUUUGGGCGCGGCUUCAUUGCGUGUGGUUGAUCUUGCCUUCGAGCUUUUGGGAUUCCCUUGGAUGUUAGCCAUGCUGGAAGAUUGGCGAAAGCAUGAGCGUGGUUCGCUGCCGGGUCCCAUUGAGUUGGGUAUUAUCACCUAUAUUGCCAGUCUUAUCUUCGGUGAACUGAAAUCUCUUUAUUCCGAUGGCUUAUUCGAGUAUAUUAUGGAUCUUUGGAAUAUUGUCGACUUCAUAUCAAAUAUGUUUUAUGUCACGUGGAUAUUGUGUAGAGCGACGGCGUGGAUUAUAGUGCACCGCGAUUUAUGGUAUCGCGGCAUUGAUCCCUACUUCCCCCGCGAACACUGGCAUCCUUUCGAUCCCAUGUUGCUAUCCGAAGGUGCGUUUGCUGCCGCUAUGGUCUUCUCCUACUUGAAAUUGGUCCAUAUCUUCUCCAUUAAUCCACAUUUGGGACCCUUGCAAGUUUCUUUGGGCCGCAUGAUAAUCGACAUUAUAAAAUUCUUCUUUAUCUACACUUUGGUUUUGUUUGCCUUCGGCUGUGGACUGAACCAGCUGCUGUGGUACUAUGCGGAAUUAGAGAAGAAUAAAUGUUAUCAUUUGCAUCCGGAUGUGGCGGAUUUCGAUGAUCAGGAAAAGGCUUGCACCAUUUGGCGACGUUUUUCGAAUCUCUUCGAAACCUCACAAUCACUCUUUUGGGCUUCCUUCGGCUUACAAGGUGUCGAAAAACGUGUUUCUGCAAAAAUGUAA